GACCGGCACGCCCACGGAUGCCUCGCAGUUCCGGCGGCAUAGCGUUCCAGACCUGGUGCCCGAGCCUGCGGAGGAGAAUGGCGAGGAGAGCAACGGCUCCCAGAUUGCAAUCUCCACGGAGUUCUCCCCGGACACAGGAUCUAUCGGCGAUGAUCAUGAUCAUGCUGCCGUGGGCACGGGGUAUCUGGAGGUGGUGAGUGCCUUCAAGCGAUUGAGUCUCUCUGGAGUACAGGCAUGGGUGGCCAUUCUAUUGGUGACCACCUUUGGAGAGAUCAUCUUCAAGGGCGUUCUGGCUCCCACCAUGCCGACCCUCUGCUAUCACGCCUAUGGAACAUGUGACUCCUGCAACGUGUGGUACGAUAAGCACAUCUACGCCAGUGCACAAUUGAUCAUCUACAUUUUGUGUUCCGCUGCGUUGCUCUUCGUGAUCGCCUUUGAACGCCUUCAAGGCGUACCUGCACGGCAUCCAGCCCUACUGGAAGUUCUGGGGGGUGAAGAUUGUGGUGAGCGUCACCUACUUUCAAUGGCUUCUUUUUAA